GGGGGAUUAGACACACCGGGGGAGUCAAACCCAUGGAUGGGACGCGUGUGGGCCGGGAUGCCAUGAACAACUGCACCGACCAGGAGUACUGGGACACCCUCGUUUCCCGGUGCAUCCCCUGCAGCCUCGUGUGUGGCCAGCCCACGGCCAGGAGGUGUGAUGCCGUGUGCGAGUCCAUGGACUGCAACAAGACACCUGGAUUCUACUACGACGAGCUCGUGAGAAGCUGCAUCGAGUGCAGCACGGUCUGUGGGCAGCACCCCAAGGAAUGUGCCCCAUCCUGUGAACCCUCUCCCCCGUCGCCCGAGGCCGUGCUGGAGCAGAAGGCGUGUACGGAGCAGGAGCCGUGGCUCGUGGUGUAUCUGCUGCUGGGGCUCUGCCUCUGCGCCCUCAUCUGCUCCCUGCUCCUGGGCUGGACACACCUGCGCAGGAAGGGAGAGGUGGGCUCCUGCCACGCCGGCGCUGGGACCUGCCACUGCAGGGAGGACUCUGCCAAAGAUCGGCUGGUGGAAGCGGGCAGCGUCGGUGAGGGGUUCACUGGCAGCAGAGUCCCAGGGCCAGUGGAAACCUGCGGCUUCUGCUUCCCUGGAAACGGCUCUGCUGUGCAAGAGAUCAAAUCCAGCCACAGCGCCUCGUGUCACGCCGGUGAAAGAGCUGCUCCCUCCUGCACCGGGAUCUGCAGCACGGGAUGUGCUGGGGCCGUUCCCAGCCCUGAUGACGGACACUUCAAGAUCAUUUGUUCCCCUUCCCAAGAGAAGACACCCAUGGUGUGACCGCAGUGGGUGUUCCUGCACAGGCUCAGAGUGGAGGGGUGCUCCCUCUGCCCCCAAAACACAGCUGCUUCACCCUCUGCUGCCAGUGACUGUACCAGCUGCUACCCGGACUGGCCGACCCAGCCCAGGCUUUGCCAGGGCCUGAAGGAUAAAGUGAGGGCCAGAGGUUGCACAGGGCUCUUUGCUCCCACUCAGGAAGUUAAAUUCUCAUUAUUCUUGUGCACUCCCAGUGAGUGACAGAAGUCACUUCCCAUUUAGCAGUAUCUGAUUUUAUCCUCCCACAUGA